AUGGCCUCCUCCGAGCCUAUACUGUCCUCCAUUGCAGGGAUUGACCCAUCACCUCGCUAUCUAUCCCCUAAAGAGGUCGCUGAACUUACGGACUGGUUUGGCCAAUGGCUAGCAAAGACUCCUAUAUCUAGUAGGCAGCUCACUCUUCGAAGUCUCCUCAAGGAGGUCCUCCCUGCGGACAGUUAUUCAAUCUUUGCUGUUGCUGAUGGCAUACCUAUCGUCUAUGACCAUGCCAAUCCUGACAACCCUCUCAAUUCUGUUUCUCGUCAUCUGCGCUUCAUUAUCAUUGCUCUUCCAGACAAGGCUCUCCAAGAAACAUUUAAGCUCAAGGAGGCUAUUCUACGUCGGACGCUGUGUAUUGUUGGGAGCUCUAGUCCUGAUUCAAAGUCGAAAUUUCUCCAGUGCGCAAGCUGGGAUCCGAAAGGAUUAAAUCAGAAACACGGAUUCGGCCUCAUGCACUUUUACGAACGCUUAGGGCCGGAUUGGAUCUAUGUUGGCAAUAGUCUGAACGCGUUCAAUACCCUCUCAAUCAACCGAGGUCCAUUCGAUGGACAUGUGGGCGGUGGUUUAAUUAUGAAGGAACUCACGAGCCCAUGGACUCACUGGUUUGACACCAACCGCGACGAUUUUAUAAGCUCCCUGGGCUCCACCAAAGGUCAUCCAUCGAAAUGUGACCCCAACAAUGCUCUCAACGACGUGUUAUUCAGUGGACCCAAUGGGCCUCCUCUUUCUCUCGUUCGACGGGCAGAAGACUUAGAACCUAUUGUCGAGUUGUCAGUCUCAAAGUGGUAUGAUGCCAGAUUCGCGCAUGACUUUUUAGACCCAGAUGAUCUCAAGCCUCUUCCAAAGACCACCGCUGUCAGAGAUUGGGUUGGUCACAUUUUACUCAGUCGCAGUAUGAAUAUUGCUACCAGUCCAACGUCCAACGCCGAGGUUAAACAACAGGCUAAUAUCAACGGGAUACCUGCGACGCUUUUCUUUAACUUGAAUGCUAUAGAACGUCUGCUUCCUGAUGCGGGUCCUUCGAAGGCAUAUACCGUUGAUAAUGCAGUUUAUGUUCAAGCUGUCGAGUCGCUGGGGUUAAGUUUGUAUUACGAUGAUUUUUCAACUGAUCCCCCGACACAGAGCCUUGCAGUUAAGGGAUCAGAAGGACCCUUCGCUUUCCCAAUCAUCGAACCUGGCUUGGAAGAUUAUCAAGGUAUCAGAACAUUGGUUAACAAAUCUAGCCUCGCAACUCUACUCCCACAAAAGGCCAUCACAGCCAUGCUGAUGGUUGAUUUUUACAAUCCCAUCUACUCUGCUCGCCGCGAAGGCCUGAUGCAGUACGUGCCCCAUAACGCGUCCCUCAAGGAAGACGGGAAGACGUACGAUGCAUAUGAUCAGUUCCUCGCCAACCUGAAAGCAUCACCGGCGUCGAAAGACCCUAAGUCCGCCGAGUUCGAGCUCCUCCAACUUCUUGACACUCCGGAUGAGUCCUACGUCGAAAUUUUCACCAAACGAGUCAAUGCGUACCUCGAAAAAGUUGCGGAGCGGAUGAACAGUGAAGCGAAUAUCAAGGUUUCAGCAGUGCAAGAAUAUAUGACGCUCGCAGACGGUCGGAGGAGGUUGUAUCGAGGUCGAGAGAACCAAAAAGAGUCAGCUGGGCUGAAUGAAUUCUUGCUCACUUUACCUAUAAUGGAUCAAGCCCUACCGCUCAUUCGCAUGAUGGAAGAUGGGACGGUUACAGACAUGGAUACUGCGGAGAUUGCGUUUUUCAGCAAGAAGAAUCAGGAGAAAAUACAUGCUUUGGAUAUGUGUUACGCCAGUGCCCCUGGAUUGGGAGGUUGUCCAGCCAUGAUGGCACAGAGACAUAGUCCUUAA